AUGCUUUCAACGACUUCGAUUAUUUUCGCUAUAGUUCUUUUCGUUAAUUCUUUCUGCACCCCCGCGUUGGCCCGCCGCUAUCCAUGCGAUGAUAUACUUGUCCGGAAAGAAUGGAGAAAUAUGUUCAACGAUGAGAAAGCAGAGUACAUCAAAGCGGUGCAAUGCCUUCAAGAUCAACCCGCUGUAGACCCGGCCUACCCUGAGGCUGAAAGUCGGUUUGAUGAAUUCCAGGCGCAUUACAUGAAGCAGGCGGAUACAGUGCACAACUUGGGUCAAUUUUUACCAUGGCACAGGCACUUCAUCAGAACGUUUGAGAACGCGUUGCGCAACGAAUGUGGAUACAAAGGCGCCACUCCAUACUGGGAUUGGAGUCAAGACGCAGAUUCUAAUUCGUCCAUUUCUGCCUCGCCUAUAUUUGACUCAGUCACCGGGUUUGGUGGCGAUGGGAAAUCAGGGACAUACACUCUUCCGGCCAACGAUAUGAAAGAUAAGGAAAUAAGGCCUUCGGCUUUCAAAGGAUGCGUGGACAACGGACCCUUCGCAGAUUAUACUCUUCAUGUUGGCCCAGGAAAACUGAGGACUUCACAUUGCCUUACUCGCAGCAUAUCUGACGGCGCUAAAAAGUUUAUGUCUUCUUCAGCUGUCUCUACCUUGAGUAAAUCUUCGACCUUUGAGGUGUUCCGCACUCAACUUGAAGCUGUUUCCGACGACGGCCAUGUUAUGAUUGGUGGCGAGAUGAGCAGUCCCUAUUCUAGCCCUGGAGAUCCUCUGUUCUACUUGCACCACGCCAACAUUGACCGCAUCUGGUGGAACUGGCAGCAGCUCGCCCCAGCUACUCGCUUCUUUACGGUGACGGGUCCUGCAACAAAAACACCUCCAGUCCAUGAAGUUGGUGUCGACUAUGUUCUUAACAUGGGAAGCCUUGGAUUAAGUGUUCCCAUUCGAGACACUCUUGAUCUUCUGAGCAAGCCUAAUUGCUAUACCUACCUCUAA